ACCUAGGGAAGCUGGGGCCCCAGGUGCAGGGGCAAGGCCAUACUGCUGAGGUCCCAUGCAACCCUGCAGGUCCUAUACACCCUCCUCACAGCCCCAGGGGCCCGCCCCCUGCCCUCCCUGUACACUCCAGCUGAAAUCCGAACACCUCCUGAGCACAAACCUGACCCCCCAGGAAGCUCCCAGAACACAGAACCUCUUUCACCUGGACACCUGCAGCUUAUGUAAGCAGCUCCAGCCCCCUCUGGGGUCCUGACUUUUCUUACCACAGAUAAGAGUAAGUUGAGGUGAAGAUAGAGGAGGAGGUAGGACAGUGGGAAGUGGGGGUGACGGGACUAAGCCACACACUAGGGCAGCAUCUGCAGGGCAGAGGCUGACAGCGCCUAGGUUAGGGGUGGGGGCUGCCUCAGUGGCUGGGAGCCCCAGGUGGAGCCCCAAGUGGCAGACUUCCUGGACACUGCUCACCACAGGCUGGCGCCGGGCCUGGAUCCCCUGUCCUGAGCCUGCAUGUUGCCCUUGGGAGUCCUAGACUGGGUCCCGAGCCUGGGCGUCCUGUCAGUAAGGUGAAUGCCCAUCACUUCCUGGGAGUCUGGGCUGGGUUGUGAGAGGACCAGGUCGGGGCCUGGGAGGGCGGGAGUACUGGGCCCCACCCUCUUAGCUCCCUGUGUGGGGUUUUAUUUGAUGGAAGGGUCAGAAUACUGAUCGGGUGGCCCGACCCUCUCACUGACCCCCACGCUGAGGCUGAGUGCCUGGGACAGAGGCAGGGAGACCAGGGGUUCCCCUUAACUGUCCUGCUUGAGCAUUUUUAGAGGAUUCCACCCCCCACCCGACCCCAGUUUCUCCUGUGCGGCCUCUGACUUUUCAGGGCUUGGGGGAUGGGGACUGGGUCCCGUGAGCUGAAGCUAGAUCUGGCUCUUGAAGAUGCCUCCCAAAUGGCCCCCAGAAUAAAGGGGAGGGUGAUGACAGAGCCACAAUUAGUCCUGCUGGAGUGGCUGGGCCUCCAGCUCUGGGCAGCGGCUAUGAGGUGGCCCUCGGGGACCCUUAGUUUUCUAACCAGGGAGUCAGAUUGAAAAAAAUGAGAAAGGUCCUGGAGGGAGGGGGAGCCCUGCAGACAUGGGGACAUCCGAGGCCUCCUGUGAGGUGUAACUGGACCCCUCCGACCUGCUGGACAUGGGGCAUCUGUGGUCCUGACCUGGCUCUCUUCCUCCACCUCCCAGGGCCCGUCCUUUACAUAAGGCCCCAGCAGGCUGGGCCCUGGGCCAGGCCCCCAGCCAUGGCCUUCACAGACCUGCUGGACAAUCUGGGUGGUGUGGGUCGCUUCCAGCUCAUCUACACAGCCCUGCUGCUGCUGCCUUGCAGCCUGCUGGCCUGUCACAACUUCCUGCAGAACUUCACAGCUGCCGUGCCCCACCACCACUGCCGAGGCCCCACAAACCACACUGCGGCUGCCACCAACACCUCGGGGGCCUGGCUGAGGGCCAUCGUGCCCCUGGACCAGCUCGGGGCCCCUGAGCCAUGCCGGCGCUUCACAGAGCCUCAGUGGGCCCUCCUGAGCCCCAACACCUCUGCCCAUGAGCCGGCCACAGAGGGUUGCAAGGAUGGCUGGGUCUACGACCGCAGCGUUUUCCCAUCCACCAUCGUGAUGGAGUGGGAUCUGGUAUGUGAGGCCCGCCCCCUCCGAGACCUGGCUCAGUCUAUCUACAUGGCAGGGGUGCUGGUGGGCGCCGCCGUGUUUGGCAGCCUUGCGGACAGGCUGGGCCGCAAGGGCCCUCUGGUCUGGUCGUACCUGCAGCUGGCAGUUUCAGGGGUCGCCACGGCCUACUUUGGCUCCUUCAGCGCCUACUGCAUCUCCCGGUUCCUGAUGGGCAUGACCUUCUCUGGCAUCAUUCUCAACUCCCUUUCACUGGUCGUGGAGUGGAUGCCCACCCAGGGCCGGACCGUGGCGGGGGUCUUGCUGGGGUACUCCUUUACCCUAGGUCAGCUAAUCCUGGCCGGAGUGGCAUACCUGAUCCGCCCCUGGCGGUGGCUGCAGCUUGCCGUCUCCAUUCCUUUCCUCAUCUUCUUCCUCUAUUCUUGGUGGCUGCCAGAGUCAUCCCGAUGGCUCCUGCUUCAUGGCAAGUCCCAGCUAGCUGUGGAGAACCUGCGGAAGGUGGCUGUUAUGAAUGGGAGAGCGGAGGAAGGAGAAAGGCUGACCAAAGAGGUGGUGAGUUCCUACAUCCAGAGUGAGAUUGCAAGUGUCCGCACCUCCAACUCCAUCUUGGACCUCUUCCGAACCCCGGCCAUCCGAAAGGUCACCUUCUGUCUCAUGGUGGUCUGGUUCUCCAACUCCAUGGCUUACUAUGGGCUGGCCAUGGACCUGCAGAAGUUUGGACUCAGCGUAUACCUGGUACAGGUCCUGUUUGGGGUCAUAGACAUCCCGGCCAUGCUAGUGGCCACCACCACCAUGAUUUACGUGGGCCGCCGGGCCACUGUGGCCUCCUUCCUCAUCCUGGCCGGGCUCAUGGUGAUCGUGAACAUGUUUGUGCCAGAAGAUAUGCAGACCCUGCGCACAGCCCAGGCUGCACUAGGCAAAGGCUGCCUGGCCAGCUCCUUCAUCUGUGUGUACCUGUUCACUGGAGAGCUAUACCCCACAGAGAUCAGGCAGAUGGGGAUGGGCUUUGCCUCAGUCAAUGCCCGCUUUGGGGGUCUGGUUGCACCCCUGGUCACCACGCUCGGGGAGUUCAGCACCAUCCUGCCGCCCAUCGGCUUCGGGGCUACUUCGAUCUUGGCCGGACUGGCCGUCUGCUUCCUGGCCGAGACUCGCAAUGCACCUCUGGUGGAGACCAUUGAGGCCAUGGAGAGGAGAGUCAAAGGAGGUCUUUCCAGGAAGGAUCCGGAAGAAAAGAGGGAAGAAAUUUCUCUCCAGCAGCUGGGAGCUUCUCCCCUCAAAGAAACCAUCUAAACUGCCAUGAGCAUGCUGGCAGCACCUCAUCUGAUGUCCAGACACCCUGGGGCUUUUCCUGAUGGAGGGUGAGAUUGGCCAAGGAACAUGGUGGCUCUGCCAGCCCAUGCCAAAGAGCUGUCCACACACCAGGGCUGUGGUUACUGGUUACCACCAACAGCCAAUUGAUAUCACAAAUAUGUACAAAGUCAAGAGAAACCAUGUCCAGGGACCAAAGGAGGAACUCUUUUUCUUUCCCAUCCCUGAAUCGGCCCCUUAAAACCUCUGUUCAAAAAAAAUAAAUAAAUAAAUAAAUAAUUUAAAUUUAAUAAAUAA